AUGGCAUCAAACUCCCAACCUCUCCCCACCACCACCACCACCACUAGACUCACCACCAUACAAAAAAUAAAAAGAAACUUACUUUUCCAUUCAACAUUAUCCGAAAUCAAUGGAGCCAUAGGUGACCUUGGCACUUACAUACCAAUAGUACUCUCACUCACUCUUUCCAGAAACCUCAACCUUGGAACAACUUUGCUUUUCACUGGCUUCUAUAACUUCCUCACAGGUGCCAUGUAUGGUGUUCCUAUGCCAGUUCAGCCCAUGAAAUCAAUAGCUGCCGUCGCACUCUCCGACCCGUCUUUCGGUAUCCCGGAGAUCAUGGCUUCCGGUAUCUUAACCGGAGCGGUUUUAUUGGUUUUGGGUGUUACCGGGCUGAUGAAACUGGCUUACAAACUCAUUCCCUUAAGUGUUGUUAGAGGAAUUCAGCUUGCACAGGGUUUGUCUUUUGCUUUAACUGCUGUUAAAUAUGUUAAAAACGUUCAGGAUUUACCAAAGUCUAAAUCUUUGAAUAACAGGGAUUGGUUCGGGUUUGAUGGGUUGGUUUUAGCUAUUGUUUGUGUUGUCUUUAUUGUUGUUGUCAAUGGUGCUGGUGAAAAGGAUCAUGAACUUGAGAUUGAGGAAGACUUGGGUGAUUCAAUUGAAGGUGCUGAGAGAAAAAAGAGUGGUAGGUCAUUGAAAAAGAUGAUUUUUUCACUACCUUCUGCUUUUAUAGUGUUUGUUUUGGGUGUGAUUUUGGGUUUUAUAAGAAGGCCUGAUGUGAUACAUGAAAUAAAAUUUGGACCUUCAAAUUUGGUGUUAGUGAAAUUCUCUAAACAUGCAUGGAAACAAGGUUUUAUAAAGGGUACAAUUCCGCAACUUCCACUAUCAAUUUUGAACUCUGUGAUAGCAGUUUGUAAGCUAUCUUCUGAUUUAUUUCCCACCAAGGACUUUUCAGUAACUUCACUUUCAGUGACAGUUGGGUUAAUGAAUCUUUUGGGUGGUUGGUUUGGUGCUAUGCCGUGUUGUCAUGGUGCUGGUGGAUUAGCAGGACAGUAUAAGUUUGGUGGGAGGAGUGGAGGGUGUGUGGCAAUUCUUGGUGCGGCGAAAUUGGUUUUGGGUUUUGUGUUGGGGAGUUCGUUGGCGCAUUUCUUCAAACAGUUUCCGGUGGGGAUUUUAGGGGUGUUGUUGCUGUUUGCUGGGAUUGAAUUGGCUAUGGCUUGUAGGGAUAUGAAUAAGAAAGAGGAUUGUUUUGUAAUGCUUAUUUGUACAGCUGUUUCACUUGUGGGGUCAAGUGCUGCUCUUGGGUUUUUGUGUGGGAUGGUUGUUUUUGGAGUUCUUAAAGGGAGGAAUUUGACUAGUAUUAAGUCACUUUCUAGUAUUUGGAAGCAUGAAGAGCAAGUUUGA